AUGUCCAACAAUCUAUAUUACUUGCUGGAGAGUGGAGAAAGGCGUGCCCUUGGAGUAUUUGUGGAACUUGGUCUUGAGGAUGUCGUGGACGUUAUCGGGGUUAGAGGUGAUGUUAUCAAAGACGUGGGAGUGGAUGCUUUGAUCUGGCAUAUGCUAGAUGAAUACUUCGAAGUCAGAGUCAAAACGAAAAUCAAGAAUCUGAAGACACAACUAAAAACGUUCAAGAAGCAAGGAUCAAUUGUAGCUGAAUACAUUGCAAAGUUCAAUCAGGUGACAGAUUCUCUAAAUGCUCUUAUAGCACCACUUACAAAGGAAGAAUACAUAGAAGCUGCACUAGGAGGUCUCAAUGAAGAAUACAGUGUUUUCAUCACAGUUACAACAACAAGAAUGGAGCACAUGUCAGAAAGCGAUCUCGAAUCACGAUUACUUACACAAGAGGAACUGAUCAACAGAUUCAGAAAUACUAAAUUAGGUCCUGUCCAUGCAAAUGUGGCUCAAAGCAGUAAGGUAUACGAGAAGACUCAAGACAGAAAUUACAACAACUAUAGUGGCAGGGGUGGAUUUAGAGAAAUACGAGGCAGAGGCUAUCCUAGAAGUUCAUGGAGGUUAACAUGGUGGCAAGGCAACAGACUUCAGUGCCAGCUGUAUGAAAAGGUAGGCCAUACAGUUGUACAGUAUUACCACAGGUUCAAUUAG